AUGAAAGCCAUACGUUGCGUAGCAUGGCGUACAAGUCGACCAUCACAACAACAACACCCCCUGGCAGGACCACAAAGGGCACUACUGUCUCGCUCCUAUGCCACCCAUCCCUCUCUGGCAGAAAAUGACAGCUUUGCCGCCAGACUCCGGGAGGAGAUGCUGGCUCGUCCACCGGCCUGGAUCGAAGAUGACCUAUCCCGAACCCGAUCCCAGCUCCUCAACCUCGCCCUCGCCGACUAUCUCCCGGACAGCGCCAAAGACAGCCAGAACAGAAAGGGCCUGGCCAAAGGCGACGGGGCUGUACAUAUGCCCCCGGGCCACCACCUGGUCUAUUUCCCGCCCAUGCUGACCGAGUCGGAGUUGCUGCCCGACGGCACCGACCCUAAACACUCGCCCGGCCCGGGCUUCUCACGGCGUCUGUGGGCCGGCGGCAGCAUCGAGUUCGGGAGCGAUCUUCGCAAGCCUGAUGGUGAGAUUUUUUCAGAAACAACCACUACUGAUGACGGACUACGUCUGGUCGAAAAGGGGAGGGUCUGCGGCUGCCACGAGUCCAUCGCCGACGUCACCGUCCGCGGCCAACCAGGCAAGGAGAAGGUCUACGUCGACCUGUUGAGGGAGUACAGUCAAUUCGAUCUCAGGAAGCUCGGGAAUGUGACCCCGGCCGAGCGGAAGCUCUACGUCAACAUUACCGAACGCCGGACCCUGGUGUUCCUCCGCGACGAGGAGGUUGAGGUGGACGUGGCCAAGGCUCAAAACCAAACCCCGGGCAACAGCAGCAGCAGCAGCACCAGGAGCGCAGUGAGGGCGCCGGCGCCCCACAAGCCAGACUACAGCUUCGAGCUCACCCCGUCCCGUCACCUGCUCUUCCACUUCAGCGCACUCAGCCACAACGCGCAUCGGAUCCACCUUGACCGCGAGUACUGCCGCACCCACGAGGGCCACCGUGACCUGUUGGUCCACGGGCCCCUGAGCCUGGUGCUCAUGCUGACGGCACUCGUGGGCGCCACCGGGGGUCCCGUGGGGGCCGGCCGCCGCCGCCAUUGGAUCAAAAGCAUCGACUAUCGUAACCUGGCGCCGCUCUAUGUUGGUGAGACCAUGCGCGUCUGCGUCCGCCGCGUCCCGAAAGCCGACACAUCCAUCACGUCCGCCAAGGCAACUCCGUCUGUCGAUUCGUGGGACAUCUGGAUAGAGGGUCCUGAUGGAGGCAGGGCUGUCAAGGCAUCUGCCAUCACCUCUAGUCGCGAGAAGUAA